GUGGAUGAUGAAGAUGAUGAUGCUGAGGAGGAGGAGGAUGAAGAGCUCCGAUCAGAUCAAAGAUCCCUGAUCGAUCAGAUCGGCGGAGCUCGAGGAAGGACACCUGCGGGUUCUGGAGUCCGGACCGGGUCGGGGAUCACGUGACAGAUCCAGGUGAUCCAGGAAACCCAUCUGCAGCUGCAGCCAAUGAGAGCGCAAGGAAUGGAUGAACCCCCAGAUGACCUGCUCUGACCUCAGGCCAAACGAGACGCCACGCUUCACCUGGGAAGAAGGACGCUAGUUGAAUGAUCUCUGAUGUCUUCAGCUGCUGCUGCAGCUCAGUCAGCGUACCCCCUUUAGAGGCCAGUAUGGGAACUGCAGUGUGCUCGGCAGCUGGCAGCUAACCGUGCCACAGCCCCCGAGAGCCGCGCCUGUGGGUGGAGUUCUGGCCGUGAAUGGCCACAGGUGUAAACUAUUGGAGCUCCUAUGAACUGGAUCAGAAGGUGAGGGACGCUGUGUGGGGAGGUGGACACGAUUCCAGUGACAAGGGUGGAGGAGGCGGGGUCACAUGGGAGCCACACAGUAUGGAUGUCAAAGGUCAACUCAUCUCAGCACCUGAACUCCUCACCUGCACGGACAGGAAGCAGAGGGAGCGAAUGGCAGAGCUGCAAGAAAGGAGGCGGAGCCUGCAGGCACUACUGAGCACCAGAUUGGCUGAGCUGAGACGCAUCUGUAUGAAGGAGGCGGAGCUGACAGGUGCGAUGCCCAGCGAUUUCCCUCUGGACGUGGGAGAGAAGCCCCCCCAUGUCCAGAGACGAAGAGGGACAGCCGGCCAGGGAAUCCGGAAGUGUCGAGAGGAGGAGGACGACUCUCACCGUUCAAAGCCAAAGAAAAAUUUGUUCAGCGGAGCGCUGAGGAAACACGCCUCUGAACAUGGCACACACACCCAGACUCACACACAUCACGGCAAGAGGACUGUGCACAGAGGCUGCCACACAGAUGAUGCUGUGCGUUCAGAGAGCAGCUCUGUGUCAGACUCAACAGGACUCGACAACGAUGAGGGUGUGUCUCAGGGUCGCCCCCCGCAGUUCUCUUCAGCGUCUCCAACAGAGGUCUUCUACCACAACAAAAGCAGGAAAAGCUCAUUCCAUACAAGGGUAGAUCAUCCGACGACACACAAGCCCCCCCCACUGCCUCCCUCCCAACCACCCCCACCUCCCCCUCGUUCUCAGGACUCCUCCUCUUCCUCUGAUCCUGCAUCAGGGUGGGAGGGGGUAGGCAGGUCAGCGUGUCGCAGCAAUAGCUCAGAUGUUCUCCUGGAACGCAUCACACCUCCACAGCAGGAGGGGGCGGGGCAGCAGGGGGCAGUUUGGGUAAAUGGCCUGUUGCAACAAACAAACACUGCCGGAACAUUUCAGAGCUGCGAAACGGUGAUGGACGUAUGGACAAGGACAAACAACGGAGUCUCUGAACCCGGAGAGAUGGGGGCGGGGAAAGAUAAAGGAGGCGGCAGGAGGGGGGCGGGGUAUGGUGAGCUCCUAAUGGACUAUGUGUGGGGGAAACGGCAGCAGAUACAGCGGCAGCAGUCCCAGCCCAACAAGCAGCCAAUCACAGCGCAGCAUCUGCUCCUCCUCAACGGCUCCUCCUCCCAGCUGCCCGGAGCCCCGCCCACCUACCGCAGUCACAUCGCCGACCAGCGGCGGGUCACUGUGACCCGGACAAAGUCCUGCGGCCCCUUUCUGCACACACAACCGAGCCAGACCGAUCCUCCAACGCCCAACGUGCAGCCUGACCCCCACCCCCACCUGCUGCCUCCCCGGCCCCCCCAGCUGCCCCCCCAGCAGGACUCCCAGCUGGAGGAGGCCACCAGGAGUCUCCACAAAGCCCUGGCGCUGGAAGGUCUGAGGGACUGGUACCUGAGAAACACCUUGGGCCCUUCCCACCACCAGACCAGUGGAAAGCUGAUGGCCGGAGCCAGCGCUAAGAUAAGCACCGCCAUCAAAGGUCACAGCGGAGGAGCCGCAGCUCUGCAGCGCAGACGGACCACCCACGGCAUCCUCCAGCAGUCCACCUAUCAGACGGAGGAGAGUCAUGUUCACGCUGCGCCAAAUCACAAACAGACGCUCCCACAUUCGGCCACCUUCCACGGACACCCGCUGCAUGGCAGGGCUGCAGACGGCUCUCUCUACCACGACUCUCAGAAGCACGAAGACCCUCUCAGAGACCUGCCAAUGGACCAGCCACCUCCUGGGACUCUGGUCUGACUCUGACUGAUCCCAACACUGGACUGAUCCCAGACGGGCUUCCUGGGUUAGGAUGGUGUCUAGGUGACUUCUGCACACCUGUGACUGGUGGAUGCAGCUUCUGGUCCUGAUGAAGGCUCCUGUGUGUGCUUCAUGGAUGUUGGUUUUACUGAACUGGACUUAGCUGCUGUCAGCCAUAAGAACAGCAGACGAAUAUCAGACCACCAAACAACCACCUAUCUGAAGGAUGUUGGCUGCGAUGCUGCAGAAAAACAUUACCUGGCCAAUCAUGGAUAACCAGCAUCACAAACCCUUCCGUGAAAGUUUUAUGCACCUUAAUCUCCACGUAUAUGAACCUACAUCUGGAUUUUAAAGGUCACCUCAGCUUGAAAGAUGGUCCGUUCUCUCGGAAAUUCUCUCAGACAGUGAAACAAGAAACACCAGAUUGUGUGACGCUGCCAUGGCCUGCUCUACAGUCAGCCAAUCAAAACAUGGAGCUAAAACACUGCCUGUAUGUUUUUUUUUAAGGAACAAAAACAAGACUGUUUGAAAUAGACUUUACGUUUUAUGGUAAAGAACCUGCAGCACUGAAAGUGAUGCCUUCCAGAGAUUCAGGGGUUUGUUUCAGUGUGACCUGGUCUAAGAUCAGAACUCCUUGACCCUUUUUAUACCUGGUACUAACAUCCAUCCUGAGCAAUCUGAUCACAAGCAUCACAAGCCUUAAGCACAGGUGUAAACACACCCAAGACACAUUUGAAGACACACUGAGAUCCAGUCCCUCAGACUACACUGGGAGGAGGUUUGGGACACUGGUGGAUCCGACAGACCACAUUCUUUUAACAGUGUAACAUCAAAAAACACCUGUUUUUUAACUUUCACUCAGAACAGAUGUGAAUGCCAGGUCAAAACCUUGAUUUGAACCCCAGGUCUAAACAGAUGUUAGUACCAGGUGUAAACAGAAUCAGUGAGACCGUUGGACCUGUAGCACUGAGACUUGAAGGACUUCAGACCUGCUGCCUCAAAGAUUCCAGUUUUUGCUAUAGUUCCUGAUAAGAACUCAUGAAACCCCCCGAACUGAACAAAUGUUUGUGAACCAACAGUUUCUGGUUAGUAUCCAGACAUCCUUGUCUUCAGCCCUGUUUGUGGCGUCAUCUUCAUCCAGUAAUCAGACUGCUCAGACAAUCAGACUCUUCAUCACCCCAAGGAAUAUGAGGAGGACUCCUCUAAGAACAGAUAGUCACUUGAAGAGCUCCGCUCGCUGACAUCACCAGCUACAUCACCAGCUUAAUGCAGCCAAAUCAUGAUCAUAUCAGGUGGACACUUAUCCCUCAGGUGAGUCUGACAGGAAGCAUCAGGUAAUCUCAGUUUGGACUCGAUGAGCAUGCACUAAGUUCCAACACAAGAGAUCCAUCCUGGAACCAGCAAGAACUGGACCCAGAGGGAGACCUGGACCUGCAGGGAGACCCGUGCCUCCAGGAUACCUGGAAACACAGGGAAACUGGUUAUGGAACAAUGCUGUCCAGGUACAGAGGAUGCAGGACUGUCCAGGGAGGGUCGUCCACACUGAGACCUGGGCCUGCAGCAAGACCUGCUUCUGUGAGACCUGGACUAAACUGCAUCCAAGGAUAGAUCCAGAUCUAAAUUGAGAUUUUCGUCCAAAUCAAGGUCCAGGUUCAGACCUGGAUGCAUAUCCAGGUUAAGUCUGAGGCAAUAAGAACCAGGUUUAAACUGCUUCAGGAAGAGAAACAAACGUUAAAACGACAAUCAGGUGGUGAUAAUCCAGUGUUUAUUGAUUGUUUUGUGAUAAUCAAUCAACUGAAUUGGUCUGUUUUUUUUACUGAACUUCAGAGGACUGUUUUUUUUAAACAAUUUUAUGAAUGAAACGAGAAUAUUUUCACAUUUCCAGUGUUAGUGUUAUUGAUGAGGGGCUCUCACUGUCCCUUAGUUGUUGGGUCUCUGUGUGAUUCUUUCAGCCGAUCGUGUUGCGUCUCUGCCACGGAAACCUGUCUGACCGGUUUCCUCUGAAGAUGCAGUGGUCGAGGAUGAUUGGCUGAUCAAUAACGAGUGUCUGUAUGUCACCUGAACGAGAGUUUGGUCGGAGUCAUUGAUCGACUGAUCGCUGUGCAAUAACCCUGUUUCAGAACAAGCCCCGCCACAUCUUCAGACCCCAGCAUGUACCUCUUCAGAACUAACACACCUGAGCAUGGAAAUACUACUGAUCAGUACCACUACUACUACUGCUACUACUACUACUAUGAUAAUACUACAACUACUAUGACAAUACCAGUAUAGUACUUCCAUAGUACUGCUUUUAUCAAACUGCUACUUUACUAUUACUGCUAUAUUCAGGGGCGAAAAUCCUGUUUCAUAGUUGGGGGGGACAAUAAACAGUAAAAUUUUAGAGAAUAAAUCCAGGGGGGGACAAGGAAUAAAAGUUUUAGCCUUCCUUUAAUACAGCAUUUUGACAUUUCCAUCUCUAUCUCGCAAACAGGCAGAAGACCUUUCUUAGAGUAAUACAAAACAAUGGUAUUAGGUGGAAGGUGGCAAUAAUACAGCACAUCUGACAUAAUACACUGCAAAAACCCAAAAUCUUAACAAGAAUAUUUGUCUUAUUUCUAGUUAAAAUGUCUCAUUUUAGUAAAAAAAAUCUCAUUACACUUAAAACAAGACUCAUC